AUGUUGUGAAUGACAAAGUAACCUCACAAAAUUGUUUUGAAUUUUCCAGAAAAGUCAUUGAGAAAAAUAAUGUUUUUAAAGGGUCUAUAAUUUCUAUAAAUAUGAAGUUUUAUAAAGCAGAAAUAGCUGAUAUUAUUCGUUGUAAUCAACGAGACGAAGCUUUCGUCAAAAAUCUGGAAAGCCAGCUUCAUUCGUUUCUUAAGUACCUGAGCAGUAGAACUUAUCACAAAAUUCGUUUGUACGUUCCUGUUAUAGCGAACGUUUGGUAUUAUUGGCUCACAUCUCUGAGCAAUUUACAAACGUUAGGUGAAGAAUACGCUGGUACGCUUAGAACAACCAAUGAAAACAGAAUCCCAACAAAACUUAAACAAAUGAUAUGGUUGAUCAUGUAUAUAGGAGGAGAUUCCUUAUUAGACAGGGCCUUACUAGCUGCUGAGAAGCAAGUGAAUCAGUCAAGUUCUUUAACGAAUAAUGCCAAAGAAACACUCCUAUCGUUUAUCCAGUUCUUUAAGGAGAAAAAAGUUUAUCUAAAAUGGAUACAUCACUCCUUGUUUUAUAUUGGUGGAAAAUAUUACAACAUAGCCAACAGACUAACUGGAAUUAAAUAUGUUAUAUUGAGACCCUGGAUGCAAGACAAGUCAUUUAGCGGAAGCUUCUCUUUAUUAGGUCAAAUUUCUCUGUUUUAUGUUAUUUUAAACAUCUUACUGACUAUAUUUAACAAUGAAUUUAGUCUGGAUAAAUACAAAACAUCUUCAUCUAGUAAUGUUAAUGUAAGUGAAUCAAAAAAAGGAUGUGUUUUGUGUACAGAAAGUUAUAAGUCUCCCACAGCCACGCCCUGUGGACAUAUUUUUUGCUGGGACUGUUUGCAAGAUAGUUUAAGGUAUCAGCAAAACUGCCCUGUGUGCAGGCAAGAGGUGUUACCAAGUAGAAUUGUCUUAUUACAGAACCAUUUAUAAGGGUAGUCAAAAAAGAUAAGAGGAUUACCACACACUAUCUCAUUUAAUUAAGGUUUUACGAAAUAAUUUCAUUGGAUUUAUGAGAUUGAUAUUGAAGAUAUCCCACCUACCAGUUGAAGAAAAGAACAUGUCUCCCUCCCUGGUCCUGGCAUGCCUCAUACUUAAUCCUAGCACGGCAUUUUGCAGGGUUAAUGUAAGCAGGCUUACAUAUUUCAAGGUGUUUGCUGUGUCUGCUGAAAAGUUUAAUUUAUAAUUAAUCUUUUAUGGUAUUUCUUCAUUCAUUGAUGAUACUAAUAACCUU